AUAUGACCAGGAAAGACUUUCUUAGACCUGAAAUGAGUAAGGAAUACACUCAUCUUUGUAGUCAAUCUAGACCUUUUACAAAAUUCUUAUUUGGGGACGAUGUCUCCAAGUCGGCUAAGGAGAUUGAGGACUGUUCCAAGAUCAGUAAUAAGAUGUUUGAUCGUAGACCUUUUCGAGGAGGUCCUGCCCGCCGAAUGUUGAAUAGAGGAUUUCGUUUCCGAGGCGGUUAUGGCCGAGGUAUGAGACCGAGGGGCCGAGGUUUGUCGGAUCCAAAUGUUGGUACAUCUACCGAUUCAAAAAACUACCAGAGACGGGGGUCUCGGCUGCCAUUCAAGCAGUAGAGCAGUCUGUUAGGAAGAUGCGUGCAGAAAAUGAGAAGAGAUAUGGCCAAGGGCAUCAUCAUAGCUCCACUUUGGACAACUCAACCUUGGUUUCCAAGGCUUAUGGACAUAUUGGUAGACACGCCAGUUAUUAUUCAAAAGAAGAAAGGUUUGCUGAAAUUACCGCUUCAACAAAUGUCUCAUCCUCUCGAAGGCAGACUCAGAUUGAUAGUUUGCAAAGUGUCAGGGAUAGUUUCAGAAAACGUGGAUUUUCAGAGGACUCUACCAGAAUAUUCAUGUUGUCAUGGAAAUCAGGUACUAAAAAACAGUAUAAUACACACAUUACCAGGUGGUUUCGCUACUGUACUGAAAGGAAGAUUACUCCAGUUUCGCCAACUUUGGAGGAAGUAGUUGAAUUUUUAACAAAUCAGUUUAACAAAGGUCUUGGUUAUGAAAGUCUUAAUACAGCUCGUGGUGCUCUAUCUGCUCUUGGAAUUCAAUUUGAAGGAUUUCGGAUUGGAAAUCAUCCUUUAAUAAUAAGAUUCAUGAAAGGUGUAUUUGCAGCCAGACCAACAAAAUCACGUUAUACUGAAGUUUGGGAUGUGAAUAAAGUUUUAAUUUAUUUGAAAAAGCUUUCACCAGUAAGACAUCUUUCACUGAAAAAUCUCACAUUGAAGCUGGUGAUGCUCAUGGCCCUAACUCAAGCUGCACGUGUACAGACAUUACAAUUAAUUAGUUAUACUGAUUAUAAGAAGUUAAAAUCAGAGUUUGUGUUUAAAUUUGAUGGGCUGCUGAAGCACAACAGACCAAACCAUAACAUUAAUUUUAUUUCAUUUAAGGCUUAUCCUCCAGAUAGGAGACUUUGUAUAUAUACAGUGCUGAAGGAGUAUUUGGCGCGUACAAGUAAUGUUAGAAUUGACAAUAAUGCUAAGAAAUUGUUAUUAAGUUAUGUUAAACCAUAUAAAAAUGUUACAAAAGACACGAUUUCUAGAUGGAUUAAAACUGUUAUGUAUAGAUCUGGAAUAAACAUUGCGAAAUAUGGUUCUCAUAGUGUGAGAGCAGCAGCAGCAUCCAAGGCAAAGAAUUCUGGAGUGCCUGUUGCAGUAAUAUUAGAGAAAGCUGGCUGGUCGUCAGAAAGCACAUUUGCUAAAUUCUAUGAUAAGGCAAUAAACACGGGGAGAGACCCAUUUCAAGAAGGUGUUUUGAGGCACUAGGACUAGGUGUUUUUUCGCAUUAGGCUUUAAAGUCUCAGGUAAGUCCCGAAACGAAAUUCUUUCGCGAAAAAGAAUUUAAAAAUUAAACGAGACUUACCUUGGUUAAGUUGAAGUUUGAUUUCAAUUCUUUGAGUAAGAAUUGAGUGAGGGGCUUAACUGCCACCCUCCCUCCCUACAGGAAUUUAAAUUUAGAAAAUACAUUCUUAUAAUUGUUACUAAUGGGAAAAAACACUGUUAAGGAGUGAACUGCGCAUGCGCAACCGUAUCUCAGUUAAGCCCCUCACUCAAUUCUUACUCAAAGAAUUGAA